AUGUGGGGCCAAGGACACUUGGCUAGCGCGUCUGUGGCGGAAGGUGUGAGUCUUUCAGGAAUUGUCCAAAUGGAUGAUGAUACACAUUAUAAUAAAGUUGAAGAUGUGGUUGGAAGUCACGUAGAAGAUGCAGUAACAUUUUGGGCUCAGAAUAUCAAUAGAAAUGAGGAUAUUAUGAAGAUUGGCUCUUCACUGUCUGAAGUUUGUCCCCAUGCCAAUUCAGUUUUUGGGAAUCUUGAUCCAAAGAAGAUUUAUGGUGGAUUAUUUUCUGAAGAUAAGUGUUGGUACAGAUGCAAAGUACUGAAAAUCAUCAAUGAUGAAAAGUGUCUGGUUAGGUACAUUGACUAUGGAAAUACUGAAAUUCUAAACCGGUCUGAUAUAGUAGAAAUUCCUUUGGAGCUGCAGUUUUCUAGUGUUGCCAAAAAGUACAGACUUUGGGGACUACAAAUUCCUUCUGGUCAAGAAGUUACCCAGUUUGAUCAAGGUAGAACCUUUUUGGGGAGCUUGAUUUUUGAAAAGGAAAUAAAAAUGAGAAUUAAAGCAACCUAUCAAGAUGGAACUGUUAUUGCUCAGGCUGAGUAUGGCAAUGUGGAUAUAGGGGAAGAGGUGGCCAAGAAAGGGUAUGCAGAAAAAUGCAAACUUAGUUCCAGCACUAACAUUUGUGAGGAAAAGAAAUCAGAUCCUCGUCAGCUUGCCCUCAGGAACCUCAAGAACACCAUUCCCUUGUGGGGACAUAGAUCAAACCAGUCAACCUUCAAUAGGCCAAAGGGACGUAUAAAUGGGAAACUGACUCCUGACUUGAAGAAUGAGAAUAAUUCAGGAAAUCAUGUGACAUUUCCAAAGGAAAGUUUGGCUGUUGGUGACUUUAAUUUAGGGUCUAAUGUCAGUCUGGCAAAAAUUAAGCAGGACCAGAAACUGAUUGAAGAAAAUGAAAAGCUUAAAACAGAGAAGGAGGCCCUUCUUGAAAGUUAUAAGGCAUUAGAACUGAAAGUAGAACAGACUGUCCAGGAGCUUCAGCAAGAGAAAGCAACCACCAUUGAUUUGACUAAACAUUUAGAAAACACUCUGAAGACUCGUGUGGGUACCAGAAUGAAAAACCUGGCAGCUAAGGUGGAAAUAUUGAAAGAAAUUAGGUAUAUAAAAUUCACAAUCCCAAAAGAAGGUCAGUCUGUCCAGUGGUGGCAUGCUCAAGGAAUUAUAGGACUAAUCCUCUUUUUAUUGUGUGUGUUUUAUUCAAGCAUCCGUACCUCAAACAAUAGUCAGGUUAAUAAACUGACUCUAACAAGUGAUGAAUCAACAUUAAUAGAAGAUGGUGGAGCUAGAAGUGAUGGCUCAUUGGAGGAUGGCGAUGAUGUUCACCGAGCUGUAGAUAAUGAAAGGGAUGGUGUCACUUACAGUUACUCCUUCUUUCACUUCAUGCUUUUCCUGGCUUCACUUUAUAUCAUGAUGACCCUUACCAACUGGUACAGGUAUGAGCCCUCUCGUGAAAUGAAAAGUCAGUGGACAGCUGUCUGGGUGAAAAUCUCUUCCAGUUGGAUUGGCAUCGUGCUAUAUGUUUGGACACUAGUGGCACCACUUGUUCUUACAAAUCGUGAUUUUGACUAAUGGACUUCUGGCAUGAAAGUCCCACUUUGGUUAUUGUCUAUUUGAAAUUAACAGUAUUCCCAACUUUUGUAAUGUUGUGUGUGCUCUCUG